AUGGCACACCCCGUGUCAGCCUUCCAGGCUGCCUACAUCUCCAUCGAGGUCCUCAUCGCCUUGGUGUCGGUGCCGGGGAAUAUCCUGGUCAUCUGGGCUGUGAAGGUGAACCAGGCGCUGCGAGAUGCCACCUUCUGCUUCAUCGUCUCGCUGGCGGUGGCCGACGUGGCCGUGGGGGCCCUGGUCAUCCCCCUGGCCAUCAUCAUCAACAUCGGACCCCAAACCGAGUUCUACAGCUGCCUCAUGGUGGCCUGUCCCGUCCUCAUCCUCACGGAGAGCUCCAUCCUGGCCCUGCUGGCCAUCGCCGUGGACCGAUACCUGCGGGUCAAGAUCCCUGUCAGGUACAAGAGCGUGGUGACCCCCCGGCGGGCAGCAGUGGCCAUCGCCUGCUGCUGGAUCGUGUCCCUCCUGGUGGGACUCACCCCUAUGUUUGGCUGGAACAACCUGAGCAAGAUGAGGAGGACUCAGGAGCUGAACUCCAGCCGCGCCGAGUUUGUCAUCAAGUGCCAGUUCGAGACGGUCAUCAGCAUGGAGUACAUGGUGUACUUCAACUUCUUCGUCUGGGUCCUGCCCCCCCUGCUGCUCAUGCUGCUCAUCUACCUGGAAGUCUUCAACCUCAUCCGCAAGCAGCUCAACAAGAAGGUCUCCUCCAGCUCCAGCGACCCCCAGAAGUAUUACGGGAAGGAGCUGAAGAUCGCCAAGUCCUUAGCACUGGUCCUCUUCCUCUUUGCCCUCAGCUGGCUCCCCCUGCACGUCCUCAACUGCAUCACCUUGUUCUGCCCCUCCUGCCAGACCCCCCACACCCUCACCUACGUUGCCAUCUUCCUCACCCACGGCAACUCAGCCAUGAACCCCAUCGUUUAUGCCUUCAGGAUCAAGAAGUUCCGGACAGCCUUCCUGCAGAUCUGGAACCAGUACUUCUGCUGCAAGUCCAACAAAAACCUCAGCACCUCCACAGCUGAGCCGGGCAACUAGGAACUGGGAGAGAGCAGAGAGAGGACCCCCCUGACCAACCUGGUCCCCACCUGG